AUGCCAGCGGAUUUCGAAAAGCAGACCUAUUGGCACGAUCGAUUCGCGUCCGAAACCUCGUUCGAAUGGCUCAUUUCCUCGUCUGAGUUCGUAUCUAUUAUAGAGCCUUUUCUGGAAGCCCUGGACCCGUCAUCGGCACAUAUCCUCAACCUUGGCUCUGGUACGAGCGAUUUACAGAACCAUCUACGUAGUCGUGGCUUCCACAAGGUCUGCAACCUUGAUUAUGAGCCACUGGCCAUCGAGAGGGGGCGGCAGCUCGAGAAAAAGACAUUUGGUGACGUUGUUACGCAUUACACAGUAGCCGAUGCCACCCAGCUUGCCCACGUCGGGCCGGAGAUUGGUCACAGAGGUGAUGAAAAAUUUGACCUGGUGAUUGAUAAAGGCACCGUCGAUGCCGUAUCCUGUGGCGGCCAGGCCGCUUUGCUUCGAAUGGCGCAGGGAGUAAGAAGCCGUUUAGUAGACGAUGCGUUGUGGAUAUCACUGAGUUUUUCUGCAUCACGCUUUGACAACCAUCAACUGCCGUUCCAUGUUGAGACUAUUGCCAAGAUCCCAACCCCGAAAAUAAAGACGACUGAUCCGGACAUAUACCACUGGUGCUAUCUUUUGCGGCCGAUAUGA